GGGGGGCAGGCACAAAUCAUUUCGGCCGCUGCGUCGUCCCUCCGCCUUGGCCUUGGCACUCGCACCGGUGGUGCUGGACUAGUACUACUACUGCUAUCUCGUUGCGUCCCGACAACCAGAAAGGAGAGGGGAGAGGGGAGAGGAAAGGGGGAAGCCAACCCAGCCGCAACACAGGGCGGAGCGAGCGGGGUAGCCGAGAAUCCAGCGAUCUCUCGGCAAGGAGGAGAUACACCAAAACACCUACUGCUUCUGUGAAUUGAUGCGCUGCUGAAUCGGCGUCUCUUGGCUUCCGUAACAGAUGGCUUCAGUAGGGGUUGCUCCGUCUGGGCACAAGAACAGCAGCGGCACCAGCAUGGGUGCUGAGAAGCUACCAGAUCAGAUGAACGAUUUGAAGAUAAGAGAUGAUAAGGAAGUGGAAGCCACUAUUAUUAAUGGCAAGGGAACAGAGACUGGACACAUAAUUGUCACAACUACUGGUGGCAAAAAUGGUCAGCCCAAACAGACCGUGAGCUACAUGGCUGAGCGGAUUGUUGGUCAAGGUUCAUUUGGUAUUGUAUUCCAGGCUAAAUGUUUGGAGACAGGGGAAACUGUUGCCAUUAAGAAGGUCCUUCAGGAUAAGCGCUACAAGAACCGUGAGCUACAGACCAUGCGCCUGCUUGACCACCCAAAUGUUGUAGCUCUGAAGCAUUGUUUCUUUUCUACAACUGAGAAGGAUGAACUGUAUCUAAACUUGGUUCUCGAGUAUGUGCCUGAGACUGUCCAUCGUGUUGUCAAGCAUUACAACAAGAUGAACCAGCGCAUGCCACUAAUCUAUGUGAAGCUGUAUACAUACCAGAUAUGUAGGGCUCUGGCUUACAUUCAUGGCAGCAUUGGAGUUUGCCACAGGGAUAUCAAGCCACAGAAUCUUUUGGUAAACCCACAUACUCACCAGCUGAAACUGUGUGACUUCGGGAGUGCAAAAGUUCUUGUUAAGGGAGAACCAAACAUAUCAUACAUUUGUUCCCGAUACUAUAGGGCUCCAGAGCUCAUAUUUGGUGCUACUGAGUACACUACAGCCAUUGACAUUUGGUCUGCUGGAUGUGUUCUUGCUGAGCUUAUGCUAGGGCAGCCUCUGUUUCCUGGUGAAAGUGGUGUGGACCAGCUUGUUGAAAUCAUCAAGGUCCUUGGUACCCCUACAAGGGAAGAAAUUAAAUGCAUGAACCCAAAUUAUACAGAGUUCAAAUUCCCACAGAUUAAAGCACACCCAUGGCACAAGGUAUUCCAUAAAAGGAUGCCACCUGAAGCUGUUGAUCUAGUCUCUCGGCUCCUCCAGUACUCGCCCAACCUAAGAUGCACUGCUGUUGAGGCACUUGUUCACCCCUUCUUUGAUGAGCUUCGGGACCCGGGUACCCGCCUUCCGAAUUGCCGCUUUCUGCCUCCUCUUUUUAACUUCAAGCCUAACGAACUGAAAGGAAUCCCAGCGGAUGUUGCGGCAAAAUUGAUCCCAGAUCAUGCGAGAAAGCAGAGCUCCCAUGCGUGACUAUGAGAUGCUUGUCGCACGAGUCGUUGGAAUUGCAUCGACAAGUGCCACAUUUCCCCUGGGGAUGUUGGUUGGGCAGCAUGCGAGCAUGAUGAACUAUUAUGGUUGUUGGAAGACGUGAUGUAUGACCACUCCACCCUGUUGACCUGUGUAGCUGAGUAGUAGUAUGCUGCGAUGCAAGCUUGACAAUGUAACCGGUUCAUCCUCCCUUGUACUAACCCUCGCCUGAGAAUUGGGAUUGCCAUGGCUGAUCUGUAAUAUGUUCUAGAGAAGUAUGAAUGUAUUUAUGGUAAUUGAUCCUAGUAUUGGGUCCUCAA